GAGAACAAGCGUCGCUACCGAGCGCGCCGGAAAGAGUACGUGUCGGAUCUCGAGCGAAGGCUAGCAGAAGCGCGAGAGCAAGGAGUCAAGGCGACGACGGAGGUACAAUCGGCGGCACGGAAGGUCGUCGAAGAGAACGGGCAGCUCCGGGACCUCCUUCGGCUGGCUGGCUUCGCUGACGAGGACAUCGAC